AUGUAUAGGCAGAAACUGUUUCAAUUAUUUCCUUCUAUAAUGACUCAUCAUGAUUCCUUGGAAUCAUUGGGAUCAGCAUUGUCAUUUAUUCAAAAUGGUUCACCAUCUCUAUUACAACAUGUUGAACCAUCUCCAUCAACAUCUGAAGAUCCUUUAAAAGGAAUAACCAAAGAAAUGAAAUUAACAAUUGUUGAUUUGGUAAGACAAUCUCCAUGUAUAUGGAAUUACAAUAACCCUGAAUAUCGAUCAACUCCCUCUAAAAGAGCUGCAUGGAAUAAGUUAGCAAAUCAAUUGAAAAAUGAUUAUCCUGAAACUCCUAUACUUCAUGAUCCUGAUAUGGUUAAGACAGUGUGGAAAAAUUUAUUAGACUAUUGGCGUGUUGUGGAUAAGCGGAUGAUCCAUAAAGAUUCAAAUGCUGAGCCUAGUUGGACAUAUUAUGACCAUAUGAAUUUCCUAAAACCAGUUCGUGGAACAGAACUUAUCAAAGCACGAAACUCAAGAAGAGAUGCAAAAGCUAUUAAAAGAGAAAGAAGCAAAGAUGCUGAGACACCAGAACAACAACCAAACACCAUAUUUCAACAGUAUAUUAAAGGAUUUGAAGCACUACAAAAUCAAUGGUCAACAUUUCAUCCAGAAGUCGAAAUACAACCAAGACCUACAACAACUACAACAACGACGUCGGCAACGACAACAGCAACAACUGACAAAGAAAAUGACUCCAUCAUUGAGUUAAAAAGAAUAAAAGUUGACAGUGAAUCGGAUGGCAAUACAGCUUCGGAUGAGAGAGCAGAUGAGGAAACGUAUAGGCAUUUUUCCGUGGAUUAUGACGAACUAAACAUUGACGAUAUUGCUAAGUACAUUGCUGCGUUAGAAACAAGACUUCAAAGUGUGAAAAGAGGAGAUAGAAAAAAUUAUAUAACAUGUCUAAAGAAAGUAUGGGAUGUUGUGUUUGAGUAUGAGUUGCAGGCUUUAAAUAAUCAAGACCAUGAAGUUGUGUAA